AUGAAGAGGAAACAGAAGAGGUUUCUGCAAAUGACGCUGCUCUUCACCGCGGCUCUGAUUUUCCUGCCUGACAUCGGCCUCUGGUCUCUCUACAAGGAGAAGCACCUGGUGAAGCCGCCCGAAGCCGCCGAGCCGCAGACACUUCCUUUGGGGCUGGGAGAUGGACAGCUCUUUACCUGGACUGAUGGCCUGAAAAGGAAGGACUGGCAUGAUUAUGAAAGCAUUCAAAAAGAUGCUAUGCGUUCAGGGAAAGGUGAACAUGGGAAACCGUACCCUCUUACAGAGGAAGACCAUGAUGAUUCUGCUUAUAGGGAAAAUGGCUUCAACAUAUUUGUUAGCAACAACAUAGCACUGGAACGAUCCCUGCCAGACAUCCGACAUCCUAACUGUAAGCACAAGGUGUAUUUGGAAACACUACCAAACACUAGCAUAAUCAUCCCGUUUCAUAAUGAAGGCUGGACUUCGCUCUUGCGCACGAUCCACAGCAUCAUAAACCGCACUCCAGACAGCCUGAUCGCAGAGAUCAUUCUGGUGGAUGACUUCAGUGACAGAGAACAUUUAAAAGAGAAGCUGGAGGAAUACAUGGUCCGUUUUGCCAAGGUGAGGAUUGUGCGUACCAAGAAACGAGAAGGGCUCAUUCGGACCAGACUGCUUGGAGCCUCACUGGCUAGAGGAGAAGUCUUGACAUUUCUGGAUUCCCACUGCGAAGUCAACGUGAAUUGGCUACCACCCUUGCUUAACCAGAUUGCACUUAACCACAAAACCAUCGUGUGUCCUAUGAUCGAUGUCAUUGACCACAAUCACUUUGGCUACGAGGCACAGGCGGGGGAUGCCAUGCGAGGAGCUUUUGACUGGGAAAUGUACUACAAAAGAAUACCGAUUCCUCCAGAGCUCCAGAGAGCUGAUCCCAGCGACCCCUUUGAGUCUCCUGUAAUGGCUGGAGGUCUAUUUGCCGUUAACCGGAAAUGGUUUUGGGAGCUGGGAGGCUAUGAUCCAGGAUUAGAAAUAUGGGGAGGAGAACAAUAUGAAAUCUCCUUCAAGGUGUGGAUGUGUGGAGGUGGCAUGUAUGAUGUUCCAUGCUCUCGAGUUGGACAUAUCUACAGAAAAUAUGUCCCGUAUAAAGUCCCUUCUGGAACCAGCCUGGCACGGAACCUGAAGCGAGUGGCUGAGACGUGGAUGGAUGAGUUUGCAGAGUACAUUUACCAGCGACGGCCUGAGUACAGACAUCUCUCAACUGGUGACAUCUCUGCCCAGAAGGAGCUGCGCAAGCACCUUAAGUGUAAAGAUUUCAAGUGGUUCAUGGCUGCAGUGGCUUGGGAUGUCCCCAAAUAUUACCCUCCUGUUGAGCCUCCACCUGCUGCCUGGGGGGAGAUUCGAAACGUGGCAGCCAACCUCUGUGUGGACAGCAAACACGGAGCCACGGGGACUGAGCUGAGGCUGGACAUCUGUGUGAAGGAUGGCUCAGAAAGAACAUGGUCACAUGAACAGCUCUUCACCUUUGGUUGGAGAGAAGACAUUCGCCCAGGGGAGCCACUACACACCAGGAAGUUCUGCUUCGAUGCCAUCUCACACAGUAGCCCUGUCACACUGUAUGACUGUCACGGGAUGAAGGGAAACCAGCACUGGAGCUAUAGGAAGGACAAAACUUUGUUCCAUCCGGUAAGCAGCAGCUGCAUAGAUUGCAACCCAGCUGAGAAGAAGAUUUUCAUGAACAGAUGUGAUCCUUUAUCUGAAACUCAACAGUGGAUUUUUGAACAUAUUAAUAUGACUGUUUUAGAAAAAUUUAACAGCAAGGCCAGUUCCUAGAAGGAAAACAAAAGAAAAAAUGAACACACCUAUUUACAUACAGACUGCAGACUACAUUUUUGCCAGCAUCUGGGUCAAAGGAGUCAGGAAUUAUAUUUCCUAGAUCCAGGAAAUCUGUUCUGAGGAUUAAGAAAAUGCCACAGCAAGAGCCAGCAGGCUGUCCUUGUGGAUAUACAGUAUCUGGAGAACUUGGCCAAGAGCCUCACCGGAUGCUGCUGAGAACUUCAGGCUGAAAAUUCCCUUGCUGGUCAAGGGAAAAACUUUGUUUAAAAACUGUUUAAAAGUACUCCAAGUUAAUAAAGUAAAACAAAACUCUAGAGUUUCUCAGGUCAAAUCCUGCUGUAGUGAAUAGCUCAGAACAGA